AGAGUACAAUGGAGGCUUCCUCAAAAGACUGAGCCAGCGCCUCUGUCAACAACAACAACACCUCGAGGGAGGCAGACCAUUAGUGUUGUUGUUGCUGUGGAUGACAGGUGGUUGCCACGCCAUUAAGUAUUCACACACCGUCCACAGAUACAAGCUCUUGUGUUAUUAUCAUGUGCAGGUGUUAUCUUGAACGAGAGGAGAGUUGUGGGGCGUGGGCCCAGCAGCAGCAGACAGUGAGAGCCACACCACGCUCUUGUGUCUGUCAUAGACACUCUGGAGGCUCUAUGGGUUUAUAACUCUAUGGGUGACAGAGCAUCUGGUCUACAUUGUGGCUUGUUCAGCUUGAAGUCGUUGCCCCUUGUAUGUGUUACAUUUGACCUUAUGAAGUAGUGGUCUAGAUUAAUAUCCUCCAAAUUGUUGAGUAUAAUUGAUAAUAAUUCAUUGGGCCAAGGGUCAGGCAGCCAGUGUAUAUAUACAUGUUUGGCUUAUACUGAAGCCCUCCCCCCAAAGUCAAACUACUGACUCUCCUCAGGAUGCAACCCCAUAACAAACUGACUAACUCCUGAGUACCUGUGAACUGAUAGGUGAACAUAGGCAUUAGGGAAUAACGUGCCCAACUAUUUCUGUUUUGCCUGGGAUUUGAACCCAGAAUUCCUGAUUGUAAGUCAAGAAUGAACCUGACUGUACUACUGGGUCUUGAUGAGAUCACCCAUGUUGUAUCUGGUGUACAGUGUUGCUAGUUCUGUGGCUCUCAACCAUUCCUGUUAUGAAAGUUGACUUGGUUCUGGGAUUGUUUUUGUCUCCUGGUGUUGAAUACAGUAUUCUCCAAAGUAAAUAUGUCCUUUUGAAGGUGUGGUCUCCAUUUUGGGAUUCAGAACUCCAAAUGGCAAUACAGUAUUUCUUAUGCUUGCUGGGAGUGAAUUGAAUGAACUGGCUUUUCUCCCCAUGACCUUAGUGUGUACUUGCACUGCCAUCUGGUGGUGGCUAGUGUUUUUAGUUUGUAGUUGUUCAGUUUUCAAUAGGUUCAGAGAGGAGUCUUGGCAAUUUUGUAAUCUUGAUGCUUUAGUUUGAGAGAGUUUUGAGUGAUUUACAGGGGUUGUGUGUUAUAGCCUUUGUUUAUUUCAUUGGUGUGAUAAGCUAUUCUCUUCACUGAGCUCCCUACCCAGUCUGUGCUGGUCAAGACCUGAAAAUUAUCAUGGGUGAAGUGUGAAUUGCUCAGAUGCAGAAUGUAUCUGUUCUCACAAGUUUGGCACUCAGAAAGAGGAUUUAAUUUAACUGAACUCUAUUUAUUCAAGCUUAUUGCAAAAUUGGAUACCUUUGUUCCUAAGUGGUUACAUAAAAGUAUUUAGUGAUGUGUAUUUUGACAUUGAUUUGGCCUGGUUGGUACAGCGAUGGCCUUGUAUGGUACAGGGUCGACGUUCAAUCCACAUUGGUCCAAGUUGUUGGGCACUGUUCCUUCAUCCCAUCCUCAUAACCCAGAUCCUUGUCCUCGUAUCCAUUCCAAUUACUGUACAUUAUAAUCACACCAAUUGCCUUACCUCGUGUAUUUGAUUUCAGGAAAGGUGCUGUAUUAAUCAUCAGACAUGUUGACCAUCAACUUGUAUGGUGAUUCCCCACCAUUGAUAUUACCCCAAGACUCGGAUCAAACUGUGGAGGAGGUUGUAAUUGCUGCUGCUCGUGUGCUGCAAAUUAAUCCUCUUUGUCGUCAUUUAUUUGGGCUGCGAAAUGCUACUAGUUCUUUGUGGGUUGGACUGUCAAGAAAAAUUUCAACUCUGCCUCAACAUAGCAAUUUGCAAUUUCGACUGCGAUUCAAAGCCCAUUCCCUCGAAAGACUGAAGUCUUUGGACCCAAAUGCAUUUGAAUAUUUCUUUCAUCAAGUACGGGCAGAUUUCCUGGCUAGUGAGAUCCCGCAGCUUCUUAAACAUCCUGAAGAUGGCUUGGGAUUAGUCGUAACAGACAUUCUUCUCUAUCUGCUGAACAAUCCUGGUAAGAAGGUGGGUGACAUAGAUCUUAAAAGCUUCAUACCAAAAGAGCUUAAUGGAAUAGCAAACAGAUUAAAUGUAAAGAGAAAUGCUGAGAAAUUAGUGGAGACGUGUCUGAAGAAGGAUGCUGCAUACGUUCGUGAACGCUACCUCUACAAGGUUGAAGAGAGUCAGUGUAGCUAUGGAAGUGAAGAAUAUGUCUUACAGCAAGAUGAAGCUGGAACUGCCCUCCAUAUUAAGCUAAGCAUCGACCCUUACCACCCAGACCAGCCGGGUCUACGUUACUGUUAUGCAGCACAGAAAAAAGGGGCAUGGACACAUCUCUGCCGCUUGGAUGAUUUGGUAUUCGUAUCAAUCCGCUCCCAGGAUUUGACGGCAGAAGUUUCAAGAAAGACAGGAGUGCCUUGCUACUUUAAGCUGCAGACAAUUGAUGCACUGGAAUCUUUCGUUGGCUGCUUGAGUGGGUACUACCGAUUGAUGUGUACGUGGACUUUCGACCUGUGCCGAGAGCUGCCAACGCCAUCUCUUGUUUUCUUGCGUACCAAUAAAUGUCAUGGACCCGUUGGGAGUGCAUUUGCCGCCCAAAAACUUCAAGACAAAGGAGGGGGUGAAGUUGGUGUUGCAUUGUUGCGGGAAUCCUCUACCGACUACGACACUUAUUAUAUGGACAUAGUGGAGGAAGCUAGUAAAUCACAAGUAUCUUAUACGAUUUUGAAAGAAGGAAACAAGUUCCGUUUGAAAGAUUCUGAAGUUCUAUAUGAUAGCCUAUCCAGUAUGAUGAAAGAAUUUAAGAUGUCUGCAAAUCCUGCAAUCAAAUUUAGUCGAAUUUUGCCAGCAUCAGACUAUGACAACUCUGUACAGCUUCUGCUGUGUGCUAGUCGUGAUAAACAUAUUAAAAUCAACAAUGAAACAGGACCUAGGGUAAUAAGUAUGAAUCACUUAACAUCUGCGGAGGAAAAUAUAUUUCGGGGAAGAUUCAGUGACUUGAUCCGGGCUCAGUGGACGGCACAGAACAACAAAGAAGUUGCUGUAAAGAUGCCGAAACUCAAAAGUUCUCAGGAUACCGAACGUUUCUUAUCAAUGUUGAAUGAGUUUUCAUUUGUGAACUGUGAGUGCAUUGUUGACAUACAAGGUGUGACGUUGAGCCCUUUGUCAUUGGUGAUGGAGUACUUGCCAAUGGGGGCCCUAGAUAAAUACCUCCAGGCUCAUAAGGCAAAGAUGAAAGAGGUGGAGCUGGUGGAGGCAGCAACCUACUUGGCCCGAGCAUUGUGGUACCUCAAUGUGGAAGGCGUCCAACACAACAAAAUUCGCUGUCACAACAUUUUUGUAGCUGCGCAUACUGACCGAACAUUCAAGGUUAAGCUUGGUGACCCAGGUUUGGUGAGGUAUGACCAGCAUGAUCUACACUGGAUUCCUCGUGAGCAUCACUUCCAGCCUCCCUUGGCCCUCAGUGACAGUACCACCGACAUCUGGGCAUUUAGCACAACUGUCUGGCAGAUAUUCUCUCUUGGGGAAAUGCCACUUCCAGGAGCCGAUAUGGAGGAAGUUCGCAAGUUGUAUGCAACUGGUUGCUUGCUGCCUCGGCCAGACCUAUGUCCUCAUGACCUUUAUAAGGUUAUGUUGCGAUGUUGGUCCCCAGAUCCAAGUGCCAGACGUCAACCACAGGCCAUCAUGCGAGACGUCAACCAGAUUCUCUACCAGGUAUUCAAUUCAAGAAAGAAUCAUGCAUAUCAAACCAUCUUCCCUGCCCACUCUGCUGAGGCUGAGAAUGUGACUCAACCAGCUGGUGAAGUAGUAGAGGAAGAGGAGGAUGGUUCAAUAACUACCCAGCUGACCACCCUUACAUACGCUGAUGGUUCUGUAGCACAGGUAACAUUAAGUCAACUGCCAGACAACCUUGUUGAUGACCUAAUUUCACUGAAUGCCAACUAUUUUCAUGGUGAACUCUCUCCUUUGAUAUAUGAAACUGGUGCAGCUUUCUCCACACCGCUAAUGAAGCAGGGAAGAACGGUGAAAACAUUAACAGAGUUGCUCCUUCCUCCACUUGCGGCAGAGCGUAUUCCCGAAGUUCCUGCCUUGCCUACCCACCCAUUACAGCUGGAUAAAUCUGCUAUUGUCUUUGACAUAAAGAUUGGAGAGGGCAACUAUGGGGAAGUACACAGAGGAAUGAUGACAGAUGAUCAAGGGAACAAGAAGAUUGUUGCCAUCAAGACACUCAAAGCCGUGGGUGAAGUUGGUGAUUUUAAGAGAGAAGUUGAUAUCAUGAAGAAGCUGAAGCACAAAAACAUAGUAGAACUGUGUGGUCUUGUAGAGUCUGAAGGAGAAGACAUGUAUAUGGUCAUGGAGUAUCUACCCAUGGGCUCACUCAAGGAUUAUAUCAAGACACAUAAAGAACACCUGAAGGACAACACGCUCCUAAAGUUUGCUAUGGAUAUUGCCGAGGGGAUGGAUUACCUUGAACAGUGCAGCAUCAUUCACCGUGACCUUGCAGCACGCAAUAUUCUUGUAGCAGAUUAUCAUAAUGUAAAGAUCACGGAUUUUGGCUUGGCCCAACAACCCAACAGCGGAAACUACUAUAUUCGUCAAACACAACGGGCCUUGCCUCUUCCUUGGUAUGCCCUAGAAUGCAUUGAGCACGGCAAAUUCUCCCACAAAAGUGACGUUUGGUCUUAUGGUGUUACCUGCUGGGAAGUGUUCACUCGGGGACUGGAACCAGACCUGCCUCAGAAACCAGAAAAUCUGUUGCAGCUUUUGAAGAAUGGGAAGCGCUUGAACCUGAAGCCUCCAUGUAAUAACAACAUAUAUUCAUUGUUGAUUCGUCCUUGCUGGGAUCAUGAACCAAGCGGACGACCAAACUUUUCGGAGCUCAUUGCAGUAAUCAGAGAACUUCAGGAGGGAUGUUUGUGAGCAACAGCAGCUGAAACACUAGAAAUGUAUCACUUGAAGGCUCCUUAUUGUUCACAGUAUAACAUGCUUAUUGUCAAAGUUUAGAUAGUGUUAUGAGAAAAAUUAUCUUGUCUUAAUUCUCCAGCAUUAGAGAUUCAGAUCUUAUAUGUCCUUGUUACUUUUUUUUUUUAAGUUACUACCAAUGAUACAAUAUCCUUGCUUUACUAUUCAUGUUAACCUGAAUAUGAAACUUCAUAAGGCAUAUACAGUAUACCUGUUCUGCACGUUAUUGGAAGCCAACCCAACUAGCAGUUGGAUUAACAAUGUAAGGGAUUCCAAAUAUGUGUAACCAUGUUUAGGCAAUGAGCAAAGAAAUAUGUUGAAAAUAUCAGGUAUGCUGAUGAACAUUAUUUGUCACAAUACAGAAAUAUAAUUACUAUUUCUUGUAAUUACUGGACAUUUACUGCAAAAUUAUCUUAAAACUGAAGCUGAAUGCAUUUUUAUAAAAGUUUCUGGGUGAUAAGAGUGGGAGGGAGCGAGCAUGAUGAGAUACCUCGGCUCCCUCACACCAUCAGUAUCACUCCCAUCAUCUGCUUUUACUCGUCUUACAAAAAUUUUCCCUCGUGGAAAAUCUCUCCAUUUUUAUUACCACCAUGGUUGCUGUUGUAAGAUAUUGUUAAUAGAAAUGGCAAAUACAGUGCAUGUAAUGCAAUAAUUAAUACAAAAAACUGUUGACUGCCAGCCAAAGCAUCUCUGGUGUUUGAAGGCAGAGUAAGACUGACUUGGGAACAUGAUUUGAUAAUUUUGGUUCAUAGUCUUUUGACGUAUUGUUUGAGAAAAAUACCUAGAUGAUAAUUGUUGUAUUUGUUUAUAUAAUUUAUUAACUUUUAUCAAUAUUUGGAUUAAAAUUCCUUUGGGAGUGGACCAUCCACAACAUAUGGUGCAAUAAUGGAUUCAUUUUUUACUCUUCUGUAUAUACAGUAUAUAUUUUUAAAAAAUAUUGUUUGAUAAUAUAAUUUGUAAAAUAAGGCCAUAUUUAAGCUUUUUAAAAGACUUUAUGCACUAUAUAAUAGUUUUUAAUUGGAUUAGGUCCACUGCUAACACAGCCACAUCCUAGUGCUGGCUUAGGCGAGGUCCUCACUAAAACGACAUGUUUGUUUGUUCCACUGAACAUAAAAAACUGUUCAACUAUCUAGAAAUUUAUUGAAGCAAAGACCAACUGUUAUUUACAAAGACAUUUAUAAACAUUGGUGUAUAUUUUACUAGAAAUAAUGAGAACUUUGUUUUAAAAAGUUUACUCUAAAACUAUCUUGACAGAGUUACAAAUAUGUAGAUACAAUCAUAAGUAUAAUUCAGUAUUAAAACUCCUGUUGUUGAGUUCUGUAUACAACAUGACAACUACAGGUGAUCUGACACCAGACAACAAUGUAGAUGGACUCCCUACUUCAGUUACUGAAGCAUAAACAUAAUACUAACUCACCUGUCUUGUGCCAAGUGCAACUAUUUGUGGGUCCAGACAUGUUUGCAACUUCAAGGGACAAGUAGGAAUAACACAGGCCGACCAUGGAUGUUUCUUGUCACCUCUUGGUGGAUAAACAUUUUAAACCUGACAUCAGCCAUGGAAGGGUGGUAAUGCAGGAGACAAGCGAGCUCAAUUUGUUCUUGGGGAUCCAAUCUUCAGGUAUCCAGUUCUUCUAGACCCAAACUGGCCUUGAAAGGCCUCGUUAUGUUUCAAAUAGACUGAUCUCACCAACUACAGGUCAUCUGUUAUAUACUAUAAACAGGUUGUUACUUUAUAGCCAACCAGUUCCAGGUCAGAGGUCAGCUAUAAACAUAUACAAAAAUAAAAUCUUUUAAUUAAA